CUAUAUAAUAUAGCAUGUCAUCAUUUUGGGGGAUUUUUGUCAAGAAUAAAGGGAAAAUGCUUUCAGAAACAUUGCAUUGGAUGAUCAUUGUGUGUGUUUUCGCUUGGAAAAUUCAAGGAUCCUUUGGACAGGGACCUGAUAAUAUCGUACAGGCCGCCUGUGCUGCCUCAUUUUCAGGAGGAUUUGUAUCUGCCAUUCGAAAAAAGUGUGGAGGAUCCAAGACAUGUGCCACAGUUUGUAAGGAAGCUGGCGCAAGUAUGCGGACAAUUUAUGGACAUCAGGGAUCAACAAUACCAACGUGUUUUAACGCCUUUCAUUUCUAUUAUCGUGCCCGGUACCUGCACCCUAAAACGGUAGGAAAAGCACGCCUGGCAAUGUACAGAUAUGGAUCGGCUGGAUGCCAUGCAUCAUACUGCGGUCCUAAUUAUGUUCCCAAAACGAACAGUUUGUACAGCAGUUCUGGGUCGAUUGCGCAGGUGCUGAAGGAGGAUCUGACGGUCAUGUCUGGAUGUGGUAACCCGCACACCGCCAGUUCUUGGUCUGUCAUCCGUGUUCCUAGCUGGUGGAAACGUGCAUUUAACUGCUGCAAAAGCCAAAUGCAGUUGCAACUUCCUGUUGCGUAG